ACAGUUCAGGCUCAGUUGCUGUCUGUCUCUCUUUCGGGCUUAGAGUGGCCUGCUAUCUGGCCUUUGAGCCCCUUGGAUUUCUGUGGGGUGGGGCUUUCAUGAUUUUCUUCCCAAUAGCCCAGUGAAGCUGUUGUUGGAGGAGAGUGUCUCACCCUAGAGUGUCUUCUAGGUUAGUUAAAGCUAAUGAUACACUGUCUUACCUUGAGCCCAGCAUCAACCUUUCUACCUGAAGACCCUUAAUUUUGGUCUCUACUCUUCAAGGUAGGAACUCAGACUAGAAUUUGGUAAAGGUAGGCAUGGCAGAAAAACUGGGACUUGUGGCUGCUACAGAUGAGCCCAGUGCCUUGAAUAUACUCUCUCUCCUGGAACGUGUGGCUGGGAUCAUUGACAAUGUGCAGGCAUGCCAGCAGCGCAUGGAAGAGAGACAGCUGGAGUUGGAGAACAAUGUGAAGACCAUCCAGGAAGAUGUAGUAAAGCUGACCAAGGAGCACACCACUACCAGUGGUACUGUGGAAAAGCUACUGGAGAAAACACGAAAAGUUAGCUGCCACAUUAAGGAUGUGCGGGUCCGUGUAGAAAAGCAAAAUAUACGUGUCAAGAAGGUAGAGGAAACACAGGCUGAGCUGCUAAACAAAAACAAAUUCCGAGUGGUAAUAUACCAGGGUGAUAUUGAGGUCCCUGCUGUAGCAGGCCCAAAGGACACCCCAAAAGAAGCAUCAGGUGGUGAGGCAUCUGUGGAUCCAGCUGUACCCGAGACCUUAAUUCCUGACUCAGAUGAGGAAUACAUGGUUGUUGAAGAGGCUGACUCCACAGCAGCCAAAAUGAAGAAGACUGGCCUGAAGCGAAUUGAGAGUCUGAAGAAUACCUUUUCCCGUGAGAACAUGACCAAGACCAAGGAGAAUCUAGGAACCAAGGUUAAUAAGUUGGGUGAGCGCAUUGUGACAGCUGAGCGUCGUGAGAAGAUUCGCCUGUCAGGUGAACGCCUGAAACAAUCUGGAGAGCGCCUGAAGGAAACCAUAACCAAGAAUGUCCCAGCAAAGCUGAACCUGAAGAAGGAGAGAACUGUGGCUGAGGGUCAGGAGGGGGCCGAGGGUACCACAGAGGGUGUAGUGCCCAUUCCACCACCCAAGGGGCGUAAACCCACUCCAGAUGUGGCUUACACAGAGCCCACGCCAAAACAGGAAAAAGCAGAAGAGGGCAAAGCAGAUGAGCCGGAUGUGCCAAUGUUUGAUAUGAAGGAGCUUUCAUAAGCAGCAAGUCAGUGGACUCAAAGGAAUAUUUGCAGUUUUGGGUCUUGUUUGAGAAAUUUACAGUUCCUGAUGAGAAGGCUGAUAAUAGAUACUUUUAUCUGGUGGUAAAAACUCGGGCCAGUCACAGAUCUAGCAGCCCUUGUGCCAAAAUAUGGCUGGAUUGUAACGUAAAGGAAUGAAUAAGGGAAGUCACUUAGCAUAAACAUGGAAAUUAGCUAUUUUUACACAUAGUAUGGACUUGGACAUAUUACUUGGAUUAAUAAGAGUCACAGGAAAUGAGCACAAUGGGGGCGUUGGAUUAUCCCUAACCUACUCUAGUGUUAAAAUAUUCUAGAUUUUGCAUGCAACAUUAUGUAUGUGUUAUUUCCUGUGCUACUGCAUUGUACUUAUCUUUUACUAACCUUCAUAAUCUCGCCUAGCCAUUUGAAAUAAACAAAGUCAACUCAA